AUGUCGAAUGAUCGAAUCACGGUUAAACAACUCUCUUCAGGAGUUAUGGACAUGAAGGUAUGCGUUUUUCUUAUAGAAACUGUUUUUCAAAACAAAGUUGUUUUUCAGUUCAUGCUUCGCAAGAAAAAGCAACUGGAAGCGAAGGAAAAAAAGAAGAAAGACGUCGAGAUUCAGAGAAAGUUUGAGGAGCCGGUUCAGCAAUCUUCUUCGAAUUCAACAGAAAGAAAUUAUGAGAUUUGCACAGAUUUGACAAAAUUGGAAGAUUUAUCAUUUGGUCGAAUGUCAUUCAAAGGCUAUAAUAAGGAAGUUGAAGAAUUAAUGGUAUAUUAUGAGCGACUGAAAAACGGCGAAUUAUUUGAUGAUGAAGAUAAUGGUGGAAAAGACGUUGAUGAUAAAGAAAUGGCACAAACGUGAGUUUUUGAAAAAAAACAGUUUUUAAUUGAAAAUUUGAUAUUUUCAGCCUCGGUUUGAAGAAGAAGUUUAUGUCUAAAAGAGAGAGAAAUCAAGCAGAUAUGAAAUCAAAUGUUGAAACUUCUUCGAAAAAUGGGAAAUUCAACUUUUCCGAUGUCCGAAAAAGACAUGCUCAACCGGAAGAUGAACCAGAAAGAAAAUUCAUGAAACCAUCGGAUUAA